CAAAUUGCGUUUUUUCUUUCAAAUUUGAAUUGAAAAUGUUGUUGAUGAAAUUGGCAUUUAUUAUCAACAUUAUACUCAGGAUUGCCAUUGAAACAACCGAAACACAAAAAGAUGAAAUCUGUGAAAAUCUGAAGAAAAAGGGUACCAAAUUCAAUAUAUUGGCAGUUGGAAGAACAUCCAAACAACUAAUAUUACUAACGGCCGAUUUCUUUGUAUAUGAUGUACCGAUUGAUUCAAUCGAUACUAGCAUCGAUAAAUUAUAUCUGCGCACCAAACCAAAACCAUUGAAGGAUAAAUAUCCCGGUUUUUACAACAGUCCCUACUUUCAAAAUGUCAAGCAUUAUAUAUUCAAUGCAUGGAUCAUGAAAGACGAGGAAGGCGACUGGAUUUGUAUUACCACUAGAGCCAGAAAUCAUAUGGAUGGCGUUAGUUAUCUUAUCAACAACGAUGAAGCAGUGCAGGGAUGGAUUUAUUAUGACCAAGCAACAGAAGUAUUAAUCUCGCAAAACCAACAGUGCAGAUAUUAUUCAUUACGACAUUAUGGCGGCAAUAAUCUUAUAAUUGGUCUUUAUCAAUGUGAUCAAGGAAGAAGCCGUGUACGUUAUCGUCCACAUAUUGGACUGGUUUAUAGAAAUUUUUCGGUCAUAUGUUAUGAUGAAACGAAAACCAAAAUUACGAUAGAAAUGAUGAAACCGCAUGAACCGGCCCAAUGUCGUUCGGGAAUGGCAGUACAGUGGCCAGUGUUGAAAGGUUUUGUGAGUGAAGGAAAAUUUUAUUUAUUCGGAGAAGCAUAUAUCUAUAUAUUCGAUGAAAGUGUUUAUCUUCGACAAGGACAACAAGUUGCAGUGAGGAAACAUAGUUAUGAUUCAUUUUUCAGUUGUGCCGGUUUUGUUCCAGCCAGUCAAGAACUUUCCAAAUCCUAUUUUUAUUGGAUUAUUGCUGCAAUCAUAUUGUUAUUGUUGAUAUUGUCGAUGCUAUUAUGGUUUAUAUUGAUCAAUCGUCGUCGCCAACGAAUCAAAUCAUCAUUGAUACAUGGCAAAACUGGACGUUCCGCAAUCAAUAGUCCAAUGAAUUUAUCGAAAAUGACGGCAAAAAUUGCCAGUACAAAAAGUCGUAAAAGUAUGGCACAGGCUCAGAAAAUGAAUAGCAGCCGAAAUGUUAUGGCUAGCAGUCGCGCAAAUAAUGUUGGCCAUAAUCCAUUAUCCGGUGGAUCAGCUCGUUUAACUGCACGUACUGGACUUGCUGGUAAGAUCAGUAGAAAAUAGUAACACUAAUACCAAUCGAUAUAGCCACAAAUGGUUAAUGGACAACAUAAAAAUCAUCUAUUAUAUA